ACCGCCCCCCUGUCCCCGCCGGGCCCGCAGUGUCGCUCGGGAUGGCGUUCAUGGAGCUGCCGGUGCCGGAGCGGCCGCUGCUGGAUGACACGGUGCCGCUGACCGCCGUGAUCGAGGCCAGCCAGAGCCUGCAGUCUCAUACGGAAUACAUCAUACGUGUCCAGCGAGGGAUAUCCAUGGACAACAGCUGGCAGAUCGUCAGGCGAUACAGCGACUUCGACGCGCUGAACAGCAGCCUACAGAUCUCGGGUUUAACCCUUCCUCUGCCUCCCAAAAAACUCAUCGGGAACAUGGACCGGGAAUUUGUAGCCGAGAGACAGAAGGGGCUGCAGAAUUAUCUGAACGUCGUCACCUCGCACCACGUCCUCUGCAGCCACGAGCAGGUCAAGAAGUUUCUGGACCCAAACAACUACUCCGCCAAUUACACGGAGGUCGCCCUGCAGCAGGUCUCCAUGUUCUUUCGGUCAGAUCCAAGGUUUGAAGUCGUGGAGCCGCUAAAGGACAUCGGCUGGAGGCUCCGGAAACGAUAUUUCUUAAUGAAAAGCAGAAACCAACCCAAGGAGAACCUCGUCCUAAGCUGGGCUGAUCUCGGUCCUGAUAAAUUCCUUCAAGAUAAAGAUUUCCAGUGCGCGAUCCGACUUCUGCCUUCGCUGACGCACCCCUACAUCUACCGAGUGACGUUUGCCACGGCCAGCGAGUCGUCCGCGCUGGUUAUCCGGCCGUUUAGUGAGAAGGGAACGCUGAAGGAUCUCAUUUAUAAGUCCAAACCGAAAGAUCCCUUCCUGAAAAAAUACUGCGGCCCCAAGAAGACCCCCGGCCUGGAGCCGCAGCAAAUCAAGACGUACGGGAGGCAGAUUCUAGAGGCCCUGAGAUUCUUACACGAGCGAGGAUUCCCGUACGGACACCUCCACCCCGCCAACGUGGUGCUGGACGGAGACGCCUGCAAGCUGCUGGACUUGGAGAAUUCCCUGCUGGGUUUGCCGUCUUUCUACAGAUCGUACUUUUCACAGUUUCGCAAAAUAAAUACGUUACAAAGUAUCGACGUUCACUGUUUCGGGCACUUAUUGUAUGAAAUGACUUACGGGCGCCCCCCUGACUCGGUCCCGCUGGAUCACUUCCCCCCGGCUCCGUCCUUGACUAUUGUGCCGGUUCUGGAGUCCAUCCUGUCCUGCGAAGCCUGUAAGAAUGGCGUGCCGUCCGUGGCUCAGCUCUUACAGACACCGUUAUUCAGCGACGUCACGCUUCUGAAUUCUGAAAAACCCCAGUUUAAGAUUCCGACCAAAUUAAAAGAGGCGCUAAAAACGGCCAAAGAAUGUAUGGAGAGAAGACUCUCCGAGGAGCAAAAGUCGAUAUACCAGCACCGGCGCCUGACCCGAGCGCAGUCGCACCACGAAUCGGAGGAAGAGAAGAAGAAAAGGAAGAUUUUGGCGCGGAAGAAAUCUAAGCGCACAAACUGCGAUGGCGGAGAGGAGCCGUCCACGAAGUAUAACUCAAACCACUCAGCAGGCUCUGGGACAAGCUCUCCACUCACAUCACCCUCAUCUCCCACCCCUCCUUCAACAACAGGAAACGCAAAUGUUCCUUUACCGGCGCCGCCGCCGCCACCAGCGGCCCCACCCCCACCCGCGGUAAAGGACGUGCCAACAGAACCCAGCACCCCGUCUGUGAACGGUACGGACCGGAGAGCUUUACUCAGUUCUAUUCAGGGCUUCAAGAAGGGAGCGCUGAAGAAGGCGGCAACGAAUGACCACAGCGCCCCCCGGAUCAGCUGAAAAUGAACGUGCCCCCCGCACUUAACCCCCACCCUGACGGCCGGGUUAAUUUAGACGCUGAUUUUGAUAUCCUGCUAUCCUUUUGUUAUGGUUCAUAUUUCAAACUAACCAGAGCUUUUAAUUUCCUUAAACCCACCCGGUUAGAUAAUACCGUACGAGAUGAAAGGGUUAACAACUUGCACUCUUGGGGUCUCUGUACAGUUGCUGUUUACGGGAUUUUUAACUAUCCGUAUCAUUUCAAAUCACAUGAUCUGUGACUAACGGCGGCUCAGCUAUUGGGUCGUUUAUAUGAAGGUCGUUGCUUAAUUUUCAGUGAAAUUAUUGUAAUCUGUUGACUUUUAUUGCUGAUUGUCCCCAAUUUUAAGAGAUCCAAUACACAAUUCACAGAGAGCAG